ACACGAACAAAGCUUUGUCGUCAUUAAUUUUAACGCUGCCGGUCGCGCACGACGAUUUUCGUACGGUACCCGAUAACCGUGUCGCGUCGUCGCCGAACGAAAACGAUUUCGGACCAUUGCGGACCAACGAUAACGUUAUCACGUGUUCGAGUUGAUAAGACCCGGGCUGCUACUAUAGUGGUGAGGACCGCACGCGGCCGUCCGGAACAGCUGACCGACGUGUGCAACCCGGUGUUAGCGCCUCCGUGGUCUCGCGCUCCGUCGUUUAUUCGGACCCAAUUCCCGUGUCUUCCCGUCACCGUGCAAACGUUACGAUAUUACAUAUCGUCCCCAAUGUUUGUCGUUCCUGUCCGGCACGUAUUGUUUUGUUUCGUGAUCCGAGUCGAAAGUAAAUACAUUAAACGAACGCACGAUUUCGGUAAAUGUUACACUAUUGAACAUAAAAAUAGUAUUGCGACGGAUUGAUUAUUACGCCGGAUACGUUUAUUGAAUAACAUUACCCCAUUUUUAUGACAUUUUUUUAUAUCGAGUUGAAAAUAAUACCCGCACGAGAAAGGUCCCGUUCCCAUUAGUCCGGAUUGUGACUGUGGACACGAAAUGGCCCAUCCGAGUCGACCCGGAAGAGACGUUCACUUUCUCCGGGUUCGUUCCGUGUCAUAAUACUUUUAACAUUUUAAUUUACAACAUGCAGUUUAGUCGUUUACACCGAGUGCACACAAGUCUUGUCGCAACGUGUCCGACAGGCAUUAUUUGGCAAACCCGUCCGGGAACCUUGAGAGUUAAUUGUAUACGACAAUAUAUUUCCGACAUGGACGAUCGGUAUGAACCCGGCCCGGACGAGUGUGAAUCGUCAGAUAUAAAAUCAAUAAGAUAAUAUUUUUCUGAAGAAAUGUUUUAGCUCGGAAACGAGUACUAAAAUAAGAUUUAUAAUUGAUAAGGGACAAACAAUAUGGUUGAGUGAUGUUCACUUACGUUUGAAAACAAUAUUUCUAUAAAUCAUAUCAAAAUUCUCUACUUUAAGAUGACAACGGCUGCGCCAGUCACGAAGAUGAGUUCGUCAGCUGCAGACGUUGGCGGUGGCAGCGGCGGCGACAGCGCGAAAGCAACGGAUCAGUGGGUGGACGUCAACGGCGUGGCCACUCGGGUGCUGUGCUGGGGACGGCCUAUUGACGACCGCGGUGGCCUCGGCUUGAAACGGGUGAUUCUGUGCGUGUGCGGCAACCCGGGCGUCACCGAGUUCUACGAGAGAUUCUUGCAGCAAAUCUACCGGGCCCUCAAAGUCCCCGUUUGGAUUGUGUCGCACGCAGGCCAUGAAGUUCCUCCUUCAAAUUCAGAACUUAAAAUCCCUGAUCCUAAACAGAAUCCAGACUUAUACACUCUCAAGGGACAAGUAGAACACAAAAUGCGAUUUAUUGAGAAGUACGUGCCAGACAAUUGUGAUUUAUAUUUAGUGGGUCAUUCUAUUGGGUCAAAAAUAAUAUCAGAAUUACUAAAAGAUAAAGUAAUUGCUAAGAGAUUAUCUAUUAAACGAUCAAUAUUCCUGUUUCCCACUCUUCAGAAAAUGCGCGAGACACCGAACGGCCGUAAACUAAUAUUUACUGCAUCAAAUUUACUGUCAGUGACUAUAUUUUUAUCAUGGAUUUUUUCAUUACUUCCAUCUUUUAUCAAAACAUUUUUAGUAAAUGUGACCCUUAUAAUCAUGGAAAGAGGUCAUGUCAACGAUUAUGUUAUCAGAUCAGCUGUACGUUUGGUUCAUCCCAUGGUUUUGCGUAACGUUUUCUCAAUGGCGAUGGAUGAAAUGGAUAAAGUGUACGAUCUGGACUCCCAGCCAUUGAAGGACAACUCGAAAAGGUUGCACAUGUACUUUGGAAACUGCGACAAUUGGUGUCCGACUUCGUUCUACGACGAAAUCAGGAAGAGCGUGCCGGAAGUAGACGCGGUACUGUGCGACAAAGGCUACAAGCACGCGUACGUGAUCCAGUAUUCCGACGAAAUGGCAGGCAUCGUGGUCGAUUGGCUCAAACCGGAUCUAGGAGACUGUAAACCGCAGUGA